UUUGUUCUAGCAAGUUACUGAGCAAUAUCAUUGUAAGCAUGAAGUCAUACAUAGUCAUACUGGUGUUAGUGUUGUUUACUGUUCAUGUUCAAAGCAAGGGUCUUAAGGAAAAGAUUGAAAGUCUAGAAAAUAUGGUGACAGGUUUAAAAACUGAUAUUCAACAGUUAAAGACGGAACACCAACGAACAAAACGAGCUGCAAGUGGAAGCACAGUGGCGUUUUCAGCCCAUGUGAAUUACGACGACAGCUUGACGACUGGACAGGUCAUCGUAUUCGACACCGUGCAAACGAACAUCGGCAACGCAUAUGAUAAUGUCCAAGGAAAGUUCACAUGUCCUGUAAAUGGAGCAUAUCAUUUCACAGUAUCAAUUCUGUCACACGUCAACCAUUUACUAGAAGCAUUCAUUAAACAUGAAGGUACUUCGGUAGCUGGUCUUUAUACAAUUGGGGCUGGUCCUGGUAUCGACGAUCAAAGCUCAAACUCUGUCGUGGUUCACUGCAUGGCAGGUCAACAGAUUUGGGUAGAAAGUCAAAAUAAUUAUCUGAUCAACGGGGAACGAGUUGGAUUCACACUUUUUACGGGCUUUCUUAUUGCUGCUGAUGUGGAAACAGAACCUGUUGGGUAGUGCCUGUUGGCCACGUUUUAUGACCAUUCUUCUAAUGUUACUAUAAUAUUAUUUGAAACUGACAUGUCUCCUUUUUCAAAAUGUGAAAUGCUUACAAGAAAAUUUUUUAUUCAUACAUUGUUUGAUUUAAACAAUAAACAUUUAA